AUGAACUGCCUUGUCAAUUGCGGUUACAAGAGUCCAGAGGGCUCCUAUAAUAAUACCAGCACCGAAACCAAGCACUAUAGGGAAGCCUUGUAUGCUACAGCGGAGCAUAGCAACACGUUCAUCGAGGAUGCUCAGGAGAAGGAGAGAAUUUUCGAAGCCAUCGAAACAAUACCAUCAGUUCAGCACAAAGCCGAAUGGGCUUUGGCGUGGAUCAACGAUGAUAACUGUUUUGCUGAAAGAUUGGUUGCAUACGCGUGCGUGGAGGGUAUAUUAUUUUCCGGAUCUUUUUGCGCACUUUUUUGGUUGAAAAAACGGGGGCUGAUGCCGGGUCUGACAUUUUCCAAUGAGCUCAUUUCAAGAGAUGAAGGUCUCCACACUGAUUUUGGGUGCCUGUUAUAUAACAUGUUGAAAUUUACGAGACUUCCCGAGGAAAGAGUUGAAGACAUUGUCAGGAGUGCGGUAAACGUGGAAAGGGAGUUCAUCACCGAUGCCCUUCCUGUUGGGCUUAUCGGGAUGAACGCUGAGCUGAUGGGACGAUAUAUAGAGUUCGUCGCGGAUCGAUUGCUAGUGGCGCUUGGGUAUGCAAAGAUAUAUAAUAGUGCUAAUCCAUUUGAUUGGAUGACGAUGAUUUCGUUACAAGGAAAGACGAACUUUUUCGAGAAAAGAGUGGAGCGGGUGCCCAAACGUCAGUGUGGUGGUGGAGGAGGAAAGAGAGUGCGAAUAGCAUCACCAGCAGCAGAAG